CCUCGGAGUGGACGUGGGGGCCGGUGGCUCUAGGGUCAGCAACUCCUGCCAUGGACUCGUGCAACCUGCUCGCCCAGGCCCUGCUGCUCCUCACCCUGGGCAGCGUGGCAACAGGAUCCACCCGUCUGCAAGUCACCCCAAAAUCGAGGGUCUCCCUGAGCCCCCCGUGGAGCAGAAUAUUCCGGGGCGAGAACGUGACCCUCACCAGUCAUCUCGGAAACAGUUCCCUGUUGAAUGGCACCACCAGCUGGACACACGACAGCAGCCCUCUGACUGAAAGCACGUCCAGUCCGACCAUCUCUGGACCCAGAGAGCUGGACAGCGGCGAGUACAGGUGUCAGGGAGGGGACGCGCAGCCCAGUGACCCCGUGCGCCUGGGCGUCUUCAGCGGUGAGUCUGGACAAGUGCUGCGGGGGAAGGCGAUCAUCUUCCCCCGGGAGUCGGCCUCCGACUACGUGUUGCUGACGGCAAGACAUCAGAAGCCGCUGCACAGCUUCACGCUCUGCAUGAAGGCCUCCUCCGACCUCACGCGAGACUACAGCCUCUUCUCCUACAGCACCCGAGCCCACAGCAACGCCCUGCUGCUCUACCUGAAUAGGCCGGGCGAGUUCUCCCUGACCAUCGGCCACUCCGAGAUCGUCUUUAGGACCCCCCAGUCCUCCAAGGGCCCCAUUCGCGUGUGUGUCACCUGGGAAUCGGCCACAGGCAUCGCCACCCUCUGGGUGGACGGGAAGCCCCAGGGGAGGAAAGGCGUGAGCAAAGGUUAUGUGCUGGAUGCUAACGCCAAGAUCAUCCUGGGGCAGGAGCAGGACUCAUACGGGGGCGGCUUCGAUGCCAAACAGUCCUUGGUGGGGGAGGUGUGGGAUGUGCACCUCUGGGACACCAUUAUCCCCAUGAAGCCCACGGGGCCCACCUGCCGAAUCGGCAAUGUCCUCGACUGGCACUCACUCAGCUUCCAGUCCUAUGGCUACGUGGUGAUCAAGCCGAAGCUUUGGGCUUAGACCCCCAGCCCACCCCACCCUCCU